AUGUCUCCACCGGUGAGGACCCCAGUUUACUUUUGGAGUCAUGGGGGACCAGAUAUCAUGUACCAGCAAGACCAACCUGCAUACCGUAAACUGCAGGAAAUCGGGCGCGAAAUCACCGGCAAGGUGAAGCCUCGUGCCGUAGUGGUCUUCUCUGCCCACUGGCAAUCGUCAAGGGACACGAUUCAUGUGAACAAUGCUGAGACGACGGAGUUGAUAUAUGACUUCUAUGGAUUCCCAAGCCAUUACUAUAAAGAAAAGUAUCCGAAUGUUGGGAGUAGCGAGAUCGCGCAGAAGGUCAUUGAUGCUAUCAAAGGAGCUGGUAUGAAGGCGGAGGGUGUCAAAAGAGGAUUGGACCAUGGGGUUUGGGCAAGUUUUAAAUGCGCCUUCGAUCCGGAAGAGAACCCUUUAAACGUCCCAGUGGUCCAAGUCUCACUCUUCAAAUCCGAAGAUCCAAUCCAGCACUACCAACUUGGUCAGGCCGUCGCCAAACUGCGCGAGGAGAACAUCCAAAUCAUCGCUUCAGGGAUGGCAGUGCAUAACCUACGGGAUCUUCAGCUUAUGUUUGGCGAUCCCACGCCAAUGCCCUAUACGACGAGUUUUGACGAGGCGCUCAAAGACGCUGUCAUCGCGCCGCCAGCGCAGAGAGAGCAGGCGUUGGCUGACCUGCUGAAGCGCGGGGAUGCGAGACAGGCUCAUCCGAUGUUCGACCAUUUGUUGCCCAUCCAUGUGAGCGCUGGAGCUGCAGGGGAUGAUGUCGGAAAGAGAUUGUGGACGCUCAAGGAGGGGAGUAUGAGUUGGGCGCAGUUUAAAUUUGGAGAGGUUGCUGCAUAG